CUUCCAGUCCCCCAGCCUCCAGCCUCCCCAGCAGUAGGUACGCGGCCGCUGAUAGACCCAGCGCAGGCUCGCGCGCAGGCGCCGGGCGGCCGCGGCGUUCGGUGAAUUUGCUUUGCCGCCUGGCGCUCAGGUGUCCCCGAGUGGUUGCUCUUUGGCUUCCUUUCCUUCUUUGCCCGGGACUGAGGGUCGCCGCCGUCCCUUCUCCAGGCCCUCUCCAACCCCUACCCAGACCAAUCCUGGCGCGGCCCCUACCCUCUGACCCCGCGUUGCACAAUGCCCGAGCCCAGUCCCCAAGGGUGUGAAACCCAGCGUUCCUGCCCCUGGGCGGGGACGGGCGGCUACCGUGCGGGGAGCCGAGGCGGCGAGCGCGCAGCCGACACAGCCUGCCGACCAGGGCCCCGCGAGUCCCCCGGGAACUACAGCCACAGGCCCCCCGCGCCGCUCGGCCCUGCCGCCGGGCCCGCCCGCCGCUCCUCUCACAGGCCGCCGCCGCCGCAGCCAUGGCGGAAGUUCAUAGACGUCAGCAUGCCCGGGUUAAAGGAGAAGCCCCCGCGAAAUCCUCCACACACAGACAUGAGGAGGAGUUGGGGAUGGCGUCGGCCGAAACGCUGACGGUGUUCCUGAAGCUGCUGGCCGCCGGCUUUUACGGCGUGAGCUCCUUCCUGAUCGUGGUGGUCAACAAAAGCGUGCUCACCAAUUACAGAUUUCCCUCCUCACUAUGUGUUGGACUUGGCCAGAUGGUGGCCACAGUGGCAGUUCUCUGGGUGGGAAAGGCGCUCAGAGUAGUCAAGUUUCCUGACCUUGACAGAAAUGUACCUCGAAAGACGUUUCCACUACCUCUACUAUAUUUUGGGAACCAAAUCACGGGACUGUUCAGCACAAAGAAACUGAAUUUGCCAAUGUUUACAGUUCUGAGAAGGUUCUCCAUCCUGUUUACAAUGUUUGCUGAAGGAGUUUUACUCAAGAAGACUUUUUCUUGGGGUAUUAAGAUGACCGUAUUUGCAAUGAUUAUUGGAGCCUUUGUAGCUGCCAGCUCUGACUUGGCAUUUGACCUGGAAGGAUAUGUUUUCAUUCUGAUAAAUGAUGUCCUGACAGCAGCAAAUGGCGCAUAUGUAAAACAGAAAUUAGAUUCAAAAGAGCUGGGAAAAUAUGGUCUGCUCUAUUACAAUGCACUGUUCAUGAUUCUGCCCACUCUGGCCAUUGCAUAUUUUACAGGAGAUGCGCAAAAGGCAAUGGAUUUUGAAGGCUGGGCCGACACCCUCUUUCUUCUGCAGUUCACUCUGUCUUGUGUGAUGGGGUUUAUCUUGAUGUAUGCCACAGUACUCUGCACGCAGUAUAAUUCUGCUCUUACAACUACAAUAGUUGGCUGUAUUAAGAAUAUAUUAAUAACUUAUAUUGGAAUGGUCUUUGGUGGAGAUUAUAUUUUCACAUGGACGAACUUCAUUGGCUUAAAUAUCAGCAUUGCUGGGAGCCUGGUGUAUUCCUACAUCACUUUCUCUGAGGAACAGCUGAGCAAGCAGUCAGAGGCCAGUAACAAGCUGGACAUUAAGGGGAAAGGAGCAGUAUGACCCAGAGGAUCGCUUCCACUACUUAGGCCCAAGCUUUUGAUCAACUGAGAACACUGGCAUUUCUUACACAGACACUCAGGUGUCUUGAUUACAGAGAAAAUACCAUUCCUUUGCACUUGUACAAUCUGAGGAUUGAUUGCUGCCUUUUAAAAUUUUAUGAGAGAAGCUUAUAAUUGACUCUAUUUUAAAUAUGCCAUUGGAAUUAAUUUAUAUCAAACUGGAAAAUGUACCGGGCUUUUUAAUUUAUUUCUUUUAUGCUGACAAUGAACCAUCAGUGUUUUGAAAAUAUUUUAUUCCAUAGUUUGAUAUCCAGGUAUCCCUUAGAGCUGCAUCUAUAAAGUGCUCCAACUGGAGCCUCUGCAUUGAAAUUGUUGCUGCAUAUUGAGGUAGCUCAGUCUUCCUUCUACUGGAAAUGCAGCCAAGUAUCUAAAGUUUCUCCUUUUAGAAUUUUAUUUCUUAAGGAUUUUUCUUCAUAAGGAUAUUAUCCCUGCAUUUGCUAAAGAUGACAACUUUGGCACUAAAAAACUACAUGUGCCUUGAGGUUGUAUUGGUUUCCAUGUUGGCUCCCCUGGGAAUUCAUGGAAUGAGCAGAGUGCAUUCCUUGAAAUUAUGCUAUUCCCUUUUUGUUGUGUAAGAUGGGGAUGAUGAAGGGAUAGAGGAAGGAGGCCAUCUGUAUGAUUCAUUCAUUCAGCUCAAAUGUACUGGGUAUGCAAUAUGUACCUGGCAUUACGCUAAGUGCUGGGGGUGCACAGAUGUUUUUGGAGGUAGUUGAAUGAUCUCACUCUUGCUUUCAUGACUGAGGGUUAAGAGAGAAAACUUAACUUUAUGAUCCAUCCAGAAGAUGCUGCGACUCUGAACAAGUCACAGAAACUUUCUUCAGCUCUUAGAAACUGCGAAUCUGUAAACGGGGUUAGAAGUACCUGCCUCUACCCACCCCACAAUGGUUUGCUACCAUAUGCUACAGUGUGAGAUGACAUGUAUAUGAAGAGCGGCAUAUUGUUUAUUUAUUUUUAAAAAAAUUUUAUUAUUUUUUUAAACUCUGUACCCAACGUGGGCUUCAACUCGUGACCCCAAGAUCACGAGUCAUAUAUAUGAAGAGCAGCUAUAUUUUGUUGCAAACCAUGCAGCUCAGCCUUCCUUCUCUGAGUGAGAAUGGCAGGCAGGCAAGGUGGACGCUGUCUUUUUCCUGUGCUUCCCUCCUCUUGGUUUGGUUGCUACUCUGUUUACUCCUCUUUGAAUUAAUACAAGUAGGUCUUAUAUUUCUGAAUGUAUUGGUUUGAGGGGAAAGCCUUUUUAGAGGUUUCUGCAUUGUCAAGGCUUAGUCUUUGUUCAGCGUGUUGCUGUUACAGCCAUCACCAUCCUUUCUCCUUAAAUGGCGUGAGCAUACCUGUGUCUUUGCAUUGUUCACCUACAUCCUGUGUCCCUUGGCUUACCUUAUGAGCACGUCAGCUUCUCUUGAGACCUUUGCUGCAUCCUGGGAGAGCAGCUGUGAAUAGGCACUGCCUAAAUUGCCUCUUUGAGCAGGCAGGGGAUUCACUCACACAGCCCUGUGAUUUGGUGCAGAGACAUCCACCGACUUCACGUAUGAGUGUCUGCACAGGCCAGUUGUGCAGUCAGUGUGCAAGAGGCUGGGUGCUUUUGCACUGGUGCACACUAACUUCUCUUUCAUUAGGUUUGGAAUCCAUAGGGCUCUACUGAUCUAAACAGUUGGUAUUUGGGUGGCUUAACAGGAGGCCUGGAAGGUUUUGAUUUCUUUUUAUUUUUUAAAAAAUUACAUUGAGGUCAUUUUCAUAUUCAUGUGUUUCUUUUAUUUGGGUUUGUUUUUACUAAAGCCUGAUCAGUGGUAUUGGGUCCCUAGAAUUAACCUCACGGCCAACUUCCAGGCCAAAAGCUCACUUUUUUCCAGGAUCAUCUGAUCUGAGAAAAUUCCACUGGGAGCAUAGGAUAUUAUCUUGUGUAAGAUGAUUUUUAUUGUCUUUGUUUUAUCAAUGAGAAGACUCAGAGAGGAUAAGUGACUUGUUAAUAAGUAAAAAUUCAUGUUUCUUCCAUUGAGCCAUGCUGCCAUUUUCCUCUGAGGAAGUGAGGAAAUGGAGAUGGCUGGCUGAGUCAGCCAAGGAGGCAAGUGUUUGUUUGAAUUUGGAGCCUAAGAGGAAUAGGCUUUGCAAAUUAGGGGCAGUGAUGUGUCACUCUACAUGCCAGAGCUUGUGUCUACCUUCCAGGCUGGGCUCGUUUGAUAGAUAUGGCCUGCCACUGCCUGGUUUUGGCUGGGCACAGUGGAAAGGCCUUGUGAGAGCUAAUUUUAUUGAUUCUCUUUCUUCUUCUGUCAAGUCACAUGUAGGGAACUUUGAUAUUAGAAAUCAUUUGUGUUGUAGAAUUUCCCGUCAUGAAAGGCCUUUGGCUGUGUCUGUAGCUGUUGUGCUAGAAUUCCAGCAAGGGUUGAACUGCUUCUUGGGGGUCAGGUUCCUUGAAGAUCUGUCAUCACUCCAGGUUUGAGAAUAUCAUGUGUAAUUACAGCCUCACUACAUGCACAUGACCUUAGGGCCCUCCACCUGGGCCGAACCUUCUGGCCAGACACAGUACAGCAAGUCGCAGCUUCUGCCCUGUCAAUGUUCUGAUUCCCUCUUUGACUACCACCAACAUGUCAAGAUAAGAGAGAGUAGCCUGGGGGAGUUGGAGACUGAAUAGACUGGCCAGCCGUUUUGGAGUUUUUCAGUUAUGUGCAGACUUGGGUAUAGUGCACUAGAGAUUUACCUGGUAUUCUCACAUCACCCAGAGUGUCUGGAUUUUGCCCCAAGGUUGAUAUCUUACAAGGCAAAAAUUCUAUGACCUAUUAACUACCUCCUGGGAGAAAGAGAGGCAACUUUAGAGUUAAAUCCUUGAUUUUCCCUUUGAGACAGAUGAGCUGUGAUGAGUUUUGAAAACCCAAUUCUGUAUGACUAGGGGCUCCUCUUCUUGAGGUAAUGACAGCAGGGUCCUUUGUGGCCCAUCUGCUUUUAGUCGGUGUCAGAUUGAUUGUGGUCUGGUUGACCCGACUGCAUGUGGCCAACGUGUCAGGUGACUUUUAAUUGCUUCAUCUGGCUCUUGACUUUAUAAGUCAUUUGUAGGAUCCAGUGUGGACAUAGGCUUAAAAUACCAUGCAUCUGCAAGUUUUCUGUAGUCCUGUUGUAUCAAGAAUCCAUGGAAAGUUCAGGUCAGUAAAGCUGAUACAGAUUCUUCACCGAAAGAAUAGUAGAGUUUCAUAUUUGACUGGUUUGGAAUAGUGCCUAGGAUUUUGGGCCUGCUUUCGUUAUUAUGGUUUCAUCAGUGAGCAGAGAUUUUUUGAGCAUCUUUCUUAUGCCAGGGCAUUAUGCCAAGCUCUGGGGAAACCACCCUGAACAGGACAUAGUUCUUGCUCUCAAGGAAUGUAUAAUUCUUGAGCCAGACCCAUAGUGAAAGGAGAUGAAAGCAGUCAGUGAUUUGUAAGUUAAGAGCUGCCUGCAGUUACCACCACGGAUUAGGGUGUCCCACCCACCCAUGAGCUGAAGCAUUUUUUUUAAUCUAAAAGGACUUUACAACUCAAACUACUAGCUCUGCGAUAAGUGCCAGGCCAUUAGAAUUCGUGAAUGGCCUGGGUUCCUCCUCCCUCUGCUUCGCAUAUUGUUUCUUGCCCCAUAACUGUGUACUAUAGGAGGUACCCCUUAUCUGCGGUUUCCGUUUCUUCAGUUUCAGUCAUCUGUGGCCAAGGAAGGUCUGGAAGCACGGGAUCAUCCUCCUGACAAAUCUUCAGAAGGUCAGUAGUAGCCGAAUGCUAGUCACGAUGCCGCAUCAUUCCCCUCCACCUCCUCAGUAGGCAUCGGAUCACCUCACACUGUCACGAGGGCGAGCGCGGUACCAUAAGAUACUUUGAGAGCGGCCACUUUUACAUAACUUUUAUUACAGUAUAUUACCAUUUUUCCAUUUUAUUAUUAGUUGUUAAUCUCCUACUGUGCCUAAUUUAUAAAUUAAACUUUAUCAUAGGUAUGUAUGUGUAGGAAAAAACGUGUAGGGUUCUGUACUAUCUGUGGUUUCAGGCAUCCACUAGGGGUCUUUCUUGGAACGUAUCCCCUGUGAAUAAGGGGGUACCUCUGUAUUGGUUCCUCCUUAUGAACAAGGCUAUAAUUGAUUUUUCCCUCCUUGAGGGAAAAAUGGUAAUAUUCACAGUAAGUGAGACAAUGGAUGCGAAACCACUGAGCACAAUGCCCUAGUACGUGUUAGGCACUCAGCAAGUGUUAUUACUGUCACUAUUUCAUGGUGAGGCUGGAAGCAAACUAGAUUCUUAAUCUGUGCUCCUUAAAUGCUGGAGGCCUGGGCAAUGUGUGUAUUUCUUGAAAAAUGUGACCCUUUAUUUCAUUGCCUCUAGAGCGCUUAAAUAACAGUAGUCUUCCUUUUUUAAAUACUUACUGGAUAUAAUUAUGGCCGUUAUGUGAUGCCACAUGUGAUGUGAUUCCACCUGUUUUUAAAAAGGAACAAAAUUACUUCUAUUUUGAUGGUGAAUUUCAAAACAGAAAAAAAUAUUUUUAUCUUCACCUCAGAAUGGUGAUUCAGUUAAAACUUUCCCAAUUGCUCCUCUGCAGGCCAGACCUGCCUUCUUCCUUGCUCCACGCUGCCUGUGCAUCCACGUUUAUCUCAGUUGUUGGUGCUUAUAGAUCUUUGGCAUCAUCACCUGUCUUCUAGCUCUUACCUUUAAAGGGGUGCCACUUCGUGACGGGAUGAAAAGAUAUUCAAUGGUGGGUUUUUUUAAGCUUUCUUUUUUGAGUUACUUUAAAAAAAAGAAAUUUACUGGUUAGAUUUAUUGUCUCACAAAAAUGUUUUUAGAGAUUAUUUUGUUCAUAAGUGUUUCUUUCUCAUGCUGAUGAUCAACUGAUUUUUUGUCUAUAAAUGUUGGCCUAUCAUAGUAUUUUUUUCAAUACAGAUCCUAUUUACCAAAUGACCAUUUUAGUGGUUUUAAAAGGUACUAAGGAUUGAGAUGUGUAAAUCAGGUGACCUAAACAUGAAAAUUAUGUGCCUAAAUAUUUUUGUAAAGGUGUCAAAUAAAUACUUUUUCCUGAA